GAAGUCACUUAUACGCGCAACUUGAAGCAACUUUGUCUUUCUUCGACGUAAUAGAUAAUAGAUUUGUCUCAUCGUUGUAUAUCACUCACACUCUUUGGACCUUAUUAAGGUUGUUAUAUAUUGUAAUAAUAUUUGUUUUUGAAACACAUUAAAGUGCUACUUUUUGAACUUAUUUGACUUGGUUAUAUUUUCACUUAUUACCUAGACUCCAGAUGAACCCACCAAUGAAAAUGAAGCAAAUCCCAUGUCGUGCAGGGGUGUCAAGCUCAAGCAUUAUGGCUAUAACUAGACUUACAUUGAUUAUGCAUCCUGUUUUGGAUGAGGAUCCCUCGAAGUCUCGCGACAUUCUGAAGAGCUAGAGAGACUAGAGGGAAACGGUACAGGGGUGCACUCUGGGCCUAGCGCUAAGACCAAGCGACCUCCGCCCGAUCAGGAGGACCUGAGCACCCGACCGCGAAAGCAACAGCGCUACACUACUUAUGACGUUUAGUAUACAAGGACUACACUCCCACAGCAUACUUUUCGUCUCACAUCAUAAAGACCGCACAUGAUCCAUAAAGUUACUGGCUUCUUUGUCAUCAUAAUGAAUUGCCCUAAGGUCCUGGUAGUCAUGAUAUUCAGAUUAUGUAAUUGUUUUUUAUGUAGUUUUGACUCCUAGUUAGACGAGCUCCACCGGAAUUAUAUUGCCCUAAGGUCCUGAGUCCUCGCCUCUAAUAGUGCCUCCUUCAACGGUUUAGCGGCAUGCAAUUGGAUAACGCCAGAAAGUCCGAAGGGCCACGCAUUGGCGACCGAGAAAGUUAAGGAUCGGCUACUAGGUCAAUUUUAUCUCGUGUGAGUGGGCGACGCCUCCAAUUGAAGACUCAUGAAAGAAGUUUAGAUCCGUUGCGGUGAAAUCCAAGGAAGACGAAUCUAAACAUGGGAUGACCACUCAACCGGUACGGAUAGUUGUCCUCUUGUUCAAGGACUCACAACUACAGUCAAUCUUGACCACGGAUAAUCCUGCUCAAUGCUUGACUACAGUCGAUCUCUAACAAAGGGAGCUCUGCAAAGAUCUGGCGGGUGACGUAGUAAAGUUCCCGGUUCCAGACGAAGAAACAGAAAGGCUGUGGAAUGACUACGAGAAACAAGACGUGAUGAUCUGCGCAAUAGCUGAGGAUGGCGAACCCAAAUGGCGCCCGUUCGGACUCGACAAAAGCCUAAGCCUUCCAGAUUCUUUGGAGCGCUUCAAGAACGCUUUUGCCUCUCCCGAGGCUCUUACUAAGGGAGGCACAGUGAUUUAAUUGAGUCUAUGUGAGAACGAUGUAAGACUUAGUAAGAGCUCUCCCCACGCUCUUACUAAGGUACGUAAGUGAUGGACGAGUCUAUGCAUUCAUAUUUGAUUUGAAUCUUCCUCCAUCCUCAUACUAUAACUGCAGCUAGAGCUCGUCCAACUACUUCUGAAGUUUAGUUGUGGACGGAGGCACUCUGAGGAAACAACUAGUGGUAAAAGUGGUCCUAAAAAGAUGCUCUUGGAGUUUAGGCCGUCCAGUGGUCGGUCCUAACAAGAAGAUGCUCUCGCUUGCUUGGUAUAGCUUUAUCUUCUUGAGCCACAUCUCGACUUCAUGCACAAAGGUGUUAGUAGUACGCCUCAUAUCUGUCCUCUAACCUUCCUGAACUGGUGGAUAACGUGACGAACUUUGUCUUCGAG